GCAAGCCUCAGCAAACCCAUACUAUACAGCUAAAGAAUGCACAGCAGAAUGGCUCAACAAGGUCACUGGAAGCACCGUUCUGGAACUUACCCGAAUUUCUCUUCGACACCAGCUUCACAUCAGCGCUGAAUACACUGCAACUCACAAGGAACAAGAAGAUGGACGGCUUCAUCUUGGAGUCCCUUUGGCAGCUGAAAUACAAACAUGA